GCUGGCUGGCCGGGGGCGGGAGCGGGACCGGAGCCGGGGGCGGGGCCGGGAUCCAGCUGCAGGCCUCCGCGGCCAUCGCUGCCUGCGCGGUUCCUCACUCUCGCCCGCUCCCCGCCCUCCCGGGCCGAGUGGAGCCGGGUGGCGUCGGCAGAGUCGCCCGGAGGGGCACCGCGGCUUCAGGGGCUGGGCCUCCAGCGCAGCGCAAUGUCAGGCGCCGCGACAGCCCUGUGAGUCCGAGGCCGCGGCCGUGGCCCUGGGCGGCGGCGGGUCCGGGCCGGGUCCGCUCAUGGUGCCGCCACGACACCAUCGCGGGGCAGGAAGGCCAGGUGCGCUGAGUUCUUCACCUCCGUUUAGACUCAGAUCUGCCCAGUUUUCAGGCACUGCUCUUGAAGACCUCAGAAAGGCCUUUAAAAUAAGACUGCAAAUGGUGUGUGUAUUUAUCAUGAACCGAAUGAAUUCCCAGAGCAGUGGUUUCACUCAGCGCAGGCGAAUGGCUCUUGGGAUUGUUAUUCUCCUACUUGUUGAUGUGAUAUGGGUCGCAUCCUCAGAACUUACUUCGUAUGUUUUUACUCAGUACAACAAACCAUUCUUCAGCACCUUUGCAAAAACAUCUAUGUUUGUUCUGUACCUUUUGGGCUUUAUAAUUUGGAAGCCAUGGAGACAACAGUGUACAAGAGGAUUUCGAGGAAAGCAUGCUGCUUUUUUUGCAGAUGCUGAAGGUUACUUUGCUGCUUGCACAACAGAUACAACUAUGAAUAGUUGUUUGAGUGAACCUUUGUAUGUUCCUGUGAAAUUUCAUGAUCUUCCGAGUGAAAAACCUGAGAACACAAACAUUGAUACUGAAAAAUCUCCCAAAAAGUCUCGUGUAAGGUUUAGUAAUAUCAUGGAGAUUCGACAGCUUCCAUCAAGCCACGCAUUGGAAGCUAAGUUGUCUCGCAUGUCAUAUCCUACCGUGAAAGAACAAGAAUCCUUACUCAAAACUGUGGGGAAACUUACUGCAACUCAAGUAGCAAAAAUUAGCUUUUUUUUUUGCUUUGUGUGGUUUUUGGCAAAUUUGUCAUAUCAAGAAGCACUUUCAGACACAAAAGUUGCUAUAGUUAAUAUUUUGUCCUCAACUUCUGGACUUUUUACCUUAAUCCUUGCUGCAAUGUUUCCAAGUAACAGUGGAGAUAGAUUUACUCUUUCUAAACUAUUAGCUGUAAUUUUAAGCAUCGGAGGUGUUGUGCUGGUAAACCUGUCAGAGUCUGAAAAAUCUGCUGGAAGAGACCCAAUAGGUUCCAUUUGGUCUCUUGUUGGAGCCAUGCUCUAUGCUGUCUAUAUUGUUAUGAUCAAGAGAGAAGUAGACAGAGAAGAUAAGUUGGAUAUUCCAAUGUUCUUUGGUUUUGUAGGUCUCUUUAAUCUGCUGCUCUUAUGGCCAGGUUUCUUUUUACUUCAUUAUACUGGAUUUGAGGACUUUGAGUUUCCCAAUAAAGUAGUACUGAUGUGCAUUAUCAUUAAUGGCCUUAUUGGAACAGUGCUCUCAGAGUUCCUGUGGUUGUGGGGCUGCUUUCUUACCUCAUCACUGAUAGGCACACUUGCACUAAGCCUUACAAUACCUCUGUCCAUAAUAGCUGACAUGUGUAUGCAAAAGGUGCAGUUUUCUUGGUUAUUUUUUGCAGGCGCUAUCCCUGUAUUUUUUUCAUUUUUUAUUGUAACUCUCCUGUGCCAUUAUAAUAAUUGGGAUCCUGUGAUGGUGGGAAUCAGAAGAAUUUUUGCCUUUAUAUGCAGAAAACAUCGAAUUCAGAGGGUUCCAGAAGACAGCGAACAGUGUGAGAGUCUCAUUCCUAUGCACGGUGUUUCUCAGGAGGAUGGAGCUAGUUAGCUGUAGUCCAGCUUGAUAAUGGAACAAUAUACGGUGAAGAGACAAUCCCUGGCAAGUUUUUGUAGAAAAAUGUUUCAGUGCCUAGUCUGAAAAAUAACAGUUUCAGUUCUUUGGAACUCUAAAACAUAUUUUCCUCUUGUCUGUUUUCUUCAUUUUCAUAAUGAAGUACUUUGCUAUGUAGCUGUGUACAUAUCACUACAGUUAUAGGAAGUUUCAGUCUACAGUCCAUCUAAAGGACCAACAUGCCUUACACAUCUCAAGGAAUUCAGCUGAUGAAAUAAUUUGAACUAAUCAAGGGAUAAAAUUUUAAUGUUCUGGAGACUUUAUUUUCACAUAUUAUUUGUUAAAUGCUGGACUAUAUUAUGAAAAUGUUUUCAAGAAAUCAUUUUAAGUAUAUAGAUUGGUGUUUCUUACAGGUAAAAUGCUAAAAUAAGCUGCCUAUAAUAGGUACGGAUUAUAUUUUUGAGUUUUGUAGAAUAUUACAAAUUAACAGCACAAAAAAUGUUUAAUUUAUGCAACAAAUAUGUUCACACAAAUUUGAUAGGACUUUAGAAAGAAUCGAUAUUUGAGAAAAGAUCUGGUUCACUUACACUACAUAUACUGUAUUAUCCUUUCAUAGCAUUAGGUGCCUUCUACUUUAAAUCUGUGACAAACCAUGACAAAUUUUUAAAGGAGAAGUAUUAUUGUAAAAUGAAGAAUUAUGUACUUCUAAAGACUGUAUUGCUGUAAAUUUAAUUGAUAAAGCUCUGCUUAUUUAGAGUUUUGAAGAAAUAUCCUCUCUUCAAUUAAACAUUUUCAUAAUGGAAUGAUGUAAAUUGAAGUGAUAAAGAGUAUUAUUAAAAUAAAAUGUUUAUAUA